ACCGCGAACGUCGAUCUCACGCGCGUCCUUGAUUGUCACCAGCGUAGAUUCGUCUUCGCGUCGCGUACCGUGUCUCUGCGCCCUCGCGCGCGUCCACCAAGGUGGAUGGACUCGAGUCCCGACUGACUCACGAUCGCCCGAACCCUGCUAUCCAAACCGCAUGUUAUAUCAUCCUGCGUCCCGCGUAGCCGAGCUACGUGAGCUUCCGGAAAGGAACGUUAAGGGCCCGUUAUCGACGACGGAGCCGGCUGUUUUAACAUAUACAGCUGCGUGCAGUGUGUCCUCCGUCUACUAGCAAGCUCGCCUGUACCCGCGAAUGCGGCACCGAUACUGCGCUAUUCCCGUGUGAUCGUUCGACCGAGCGAUCAGAGUACCGCGCCGCUCACCGGUUGGUCCGUCGUGCCGCGACUGGCUUGGGAGAGGAGAUCCGUUCCCAGCGGGGGUAUCCCAGUGGGCGAAGAUGAUGGUGAUUUAAGAGUGUCGUGCAGUGCUCGUGUGCAAUGGUAGAGGCAACCGUACGAGCGAUAGGCAUAGAGGACCGUAGAUGUACCAGCCAGGGUGUUUGUUGGACAGUUCGGCACCGCGGGGCCCGCCUGAUGUGCCACCCCGUAAUCCCGCAAUGAGCCGGCUCAACGGAAGACUGCCAGGAAGUCACGCAGCGAGUGAUCACGAACGCGAUCCUGAUCUCGAGCCAUCCUGCCUCGUACGCACCCCAUCCGGUAACUUCUACAAUAUACCAAAGAUACCGAAGAAUGAAUACAACAACAAGAAUCAGUCUACGGGGAACAGUCCAAUAAAGGUGGAGCUGCAGAACAACAUGGACAGGGUACCUUUACCUUACGGGCACGCCCCGUCGAUGAUCCCGAUGAGGAGACAAAGCAUCCGCUGUCAUUUCCGCAAGGGAAUCGAUUGGUGCAGCUGGAAACUAAUUGCCAUAGUAGUAAUUAUGCUCUCGCUCUGCUUGACCGCGGCAUUAACCUACGUUGCAGCGUCCAAUGUAGUGAACUGGUCGUACCAAGGCACGAAGGCGUGCACGGUCCUGGUGGGCGAGAACACGGAGGCGAAGCCGUCGUCGAGCGAAGCGAACAAGACAUCCACGUCGUCCACUUCAACUUCAUCGCAAUCGGGCGGCAGGACGCGACAGCCAUCAUCGUCAGGAGGUAGUAUUAGCACGUCGAAUAGCAUGUUGCUAGAUGGUGUCGUAAACAGUCGCAAGCGUAGGGACACGUUUAACGAGCAUGCCUUGCACCAAACUGUCGCACCGCCAUCCCCUCGUGACCCCGAGGAGCCGUCCUUGAUACCGACCGUCCUCGAGGCCUCGGGGUCCGGGCAGCGAUCAGUCCCGUUGCAUGAGAAGUUCCCCGGUAAGGUUGUGCAUGAUCCGGAGCAUGCGGACGAUCCAGAUCCGGCGAAGGAAGUUGUCGACCGUUCGAUCGAAGCUGUCGAGGUCGCCGAGAAGUCGCUUGUCGUGAAUGUCUCCGCCAAUACUACUAAUUACUCGCACGAUCAUAUCACUAUCGCUGUCGAUCAUCUCAUCUCUUCGUCCUCUGUCUCUGUCGGCUCUGGUCAUUCUUCCGCGUCAACUUCCGAAUUCAAUCGCGAAUCGCCCGAUGACGAAGUGCCCAGCACGACGUCCUCGGAGCUUUUAACCGAAAUUUUUACGGUCAUCGACGAAGACACUGUUGAUGUGCUCGAAAAAUCGGCGACGCCUGAAGAAGACGUUGCCAUGAAAGCCCCAAUCGCGAAACUUGUCCACGAUAAUUUCGCAGAUUUCAACCGCAAUAUCGAUAACAUUGGCACGUCCGAAAGUUCGGACAUUGGCGAAAACGGAGACGAUAUCGAGGCUACGACGUCUGCAUCCGACGCGGAGUACGCGAAACUUGGCGCGGAUAGCAGCGAUUACGACCGAGUAGUUGGCGGAACUACAGAAAAUGACAGAAACGUUUCCCCCGUCGAUUAUAACAGUAAUACUGUAGAUGCUGCCGAUAGCACUGUAGAAGCUGUAACAGAAGUGCACUCGAUUGAACUAACGGAGGAUCACGGAUCGAACGUAAGUAAUUCGAGCGAACAGUUAGUUUCUGUAGAAAUGAAUCGAAACGAAGUAGACGCUAGCACGAUUUCAUCUAGUAUAAACAUAGGUGAUGAAAUGGCAUUUAAUGUAUUGUUAAAUACCGACGAGAAAACUGAAGAAUCUGAGAAAGGUAUAAUCAAGAUUAAAGAUAAUUACUCCGAUAAAUCUAAAGAAAAAAUUAGCUCAGAUAAAAACAAUAAAUCAGCCGCCUUUACGGAAAAUAUUUCAAAGACAAUAAGUAUGGCCACGAAAUCGAUAAAAUCCCAGACGCCGGACAUUGUGAAAGAAACACGGGAGCUUUCUCGGGAAAGUUCGUCGUCCGAGUCCGAAGCCUCAUUCAAUGUCGUUAAUGCUGCUGAACAGUCCGAGGAACUUCAGAGAGACUAUCCCGUACCGAUCUACAGCUAUGGACAAGACGAGGUAGAGAUUGUCGAUCUUCAUCAUAAGAAACAAUCGAUUGCAAAAACUAAAUCAUCUGAAAAUCUUGAUAAGAACGCAAAAAUGAGUGUCUAUUCUCGAAAGAAGCAUGGAGAUAAAGAUGAUCUACGAAUCAUCAUGAGAGAAGAAAGCGACGACGAGCUGCUUCGGAAGUUUGAAGAGAAGUUCCAUGAAGUGGCUGUCGAAGAUAACGAACCCGUUGAAAAUCCCUCGUUGAUUAGAACUAAUUACAAUUUACCUCCAGCGAAUAUUUUGCAUGAAACGGUGCAUGAUUCAUCGGACAACGCGUCACCCAGGUUCCCCUCUAAUACAGACCAUCUGUCAAACUCACCGAUGACCCAACGAAUACAGAUCGUAGAGGUGCCCGUGUAUCGCGACACUCAUUCCGUCCCAUCAUCGUCUUCAUCGUCAUCAUCACCGCAUCGAGUGCUCAUAAACGUAACGAUCGCCGCCGACAAUCCAUCUGCCGCUUCUUCGAGGCCGCUAUAUGUCCUCUCGGUGUCGGUGCCGACAGAGGACGGCUAUUCGUCCGGGAUUAACAUCGAUCAAGCGCAGGUGCCGCCUGCAGCGAGCAUGAAAAAAAUCCCUGCUAAGGACGCCGAAUCGAUAAACACAGUCGAUACGCGAUUACCACCACCGCCGCAACCACCUGCCUCGCCCCCGGCGCCCAUCUGGGCCGGUGGCGAAUGCGAGUGCUCCUGUCCGUGCAUGGGUUCGUCCUCUGACGAAUGGGAUUUUUCAGCGAUUGAUGACAAUCUGGAGCAAGAGCUCGAGAGCGUUAAUGCCACUCUGUCAGACGAUGAAUUUCUAGAAUCGAUAGAUGAGAGGAAGCAAGAUGCGGAAUCAGCGGCGAAAGAUUCAGCGGAGACCAAUGCGACGAUUCCCACCACCGAAAAUUAUUAUCCCUCAUCGAUGGUCGCCAACAAUAGCGAAUCAAUCGAUGGGACUUCUACUUCGUCUUACGAGCCAGAAGUAAGCACCGACUUGACUUGUUCGGGGAGCACUGCGCUCCCCCCCGAGCCUACUAUACUGAUCCUUGAAGGUGCGCGAACUUUCCCGGCGCGGUCUUUCCCGCCUGACGGGACGACCUUCGCUCAGGUCGGUUUAGGACAGAAGCUCAGCAAGGAGAUACCGCCGUACGGCUACUGGAACAUGCAGUUUUAUCAAUCGGAGGCCGCCUACGUGCGUUUCGACUACAGCAUUCCGCGUGGUGCCAGCAUCGGCGUGUACGCGAGAAGAAACGCACUGCCCACGCACACGCAGUACGAUCUUCUGGAGGUUCUCAGCGGCUUCAAGGCUCGGACCACCAGGGCGUCCCAUGUUAGUGUUAUUCCCUCGAUUAAGAAGGAGGUAACUCAGUACAUGGAGCCGGGACACUGGUUCUUGUCGCUUUACAACGAUGACGGAGAUCCCCAUGAAGUCUCGUUUAUUGCUGUGAUCGCCGAGGAUAUGACACAUAACUGCCCGAAUGGUUGCAGCGGCAAGGGCGAGUGUCUCUUAGGGCAUUGUCAGUGCAAUCCUGGUUUCGGUGGCGAAGAUUGCAGCGAGAGUGUUUGUCCUGUUCUCUGCAGCCAAAGAGGCGAAUACAUAAACGGCGAAUGCCAAUGCAAUCCUGGCUGGAAGGGCAAGGAGUGCUCUCUGCGACACGACGAGUGCGAAGUACCCGAUUGCAACGGCCACGGUCACUGCACCAAUGGCAAAUGUAACUGUGUACGCGGCUACAAGGGGAAGUAUUGCGAGGAAGUUGACUGUCCGCAUCCGACUUGCUCAGGCCACGGUUUCUGCGCCGAGGGCACGUGCAUUUGUAAAAAGGGUUGGAAAGGAGCCGACUGCAGUCAAAUGGACAAGGAGGCAUUGCAAUGCCUACCAGACUGUAGCGGUCACGGAAACUUCGAUCUCGAGACGCAGACCUGUCUCUGCGAGCCCAUGUGGUCCGGUGAUGAUUGCUCGAAAGAAUUGUGCGAUCUCGAUUGCGGUCCUCACGGACAUUGCGUAGACAACGCCUGCGAUUGCUUACCAGGCUGGUCCGGCGAACUCUGCAAUCUGAAGCAAUGCGAUCCUCGUUGCAACGAGCAUGGACAAUGUAAGAAUGGCACAUGUCUAUGCGUCACCGGAUGGAAUGGAAAACACUGCACGAUGGAGGGCUGUCCAAAUUCUUGUUCCGGUCAUGGACAGUGCAGGGUGUCAAACGACGCGCAAUGGGAAUGUCAGUGCUAUGACGGCUGGGAUGGCAAGGAUUGCAGCGUACUUUUAGAACAGAAUUGCAACGAUGGACGAGACAACGAUAAAGAUGGUCUCAUUGAUUGCGCCGAUCCGGAAUGUUGUUCCAAUCACAUAUGCCGCAGCAGCCAGCUGUGCGUCUCAGCGCCCAAGCCAAUCGAUAUAUUGCUACGGAAACAGCCACCCGCCAUUACCGCUUCCUUCUUCGAGAGAAUGAAGUUCCUAAUCGACGAGGGCAGUCUGCAGAACUACGCUCGUCAGGAGACCUUCAACGAGAGUAUGUUCUGGAAUCACUUCAACACAAGCCGAUCGGCCGUCAUACGCGGUCGCGUCGUUACUCAUCUCGGCACGGGACUGAUGGGAGUGCGGGUCAGUACCAGCACCCCGCUGGAAGGUUUCACACUCACAAGAGACGACGGCUGGUUCGAUCUCCUGGUGAACGGCGGCGGUGCCGUAACUCUACAAUUUGGCAGAUCGCCCUUCAAACCGCAGAGUCAUAUCGUCUUCGUGCCUUGGAAUGAGGUCGUCAUAAUCGACAAGAUUGUUAUGAGUACCGCCGAGGAGAAACCGCCCGUCCAUGUUCCACAUGCAUGCGCCGCUCACGAUUACGAUCUUAUGAAGCCGGUCGUCUUGGCGACCUGGAAGCACGGCUUCCAAGGAGCUUGUCCGGAUAAGAGCGCCAUUUUGGCGGAGUCUCAAGUUAUACAAGAGAGCUUGCAAAUACCCGGAACGGGGUUGAAUCUAGUAUAUCACAGUUCGCGAGCGGCAGGUUAUCUCUCCACCAUACAACUGCAGCUAACUCCGGAAGUCAUACCAGCGACUUUAAAUUUGAUACAUUUGAGAAUCACGAUCGAGGGUAUACUUUUCGAGAAGACCUUCGAGGCUGAUCCAGUGAUCAAGUUCACCUACGCAUGGAACCGCUUGAACGUCUAUCGCCAACGCGUUUAUGGUGUUACAACUGCUAUGGUAAAGGUUGGCUAUGAAUAUAGCGAUUGCAAGGACAUUAUCUGGGAUGUGCAAACGACGAAAUUGAGUGGUCAUGACAUGUCCAUCUCAGAAGUCGGCGGCUGGAAUUUGGAUAUUCAUCAUAGAUACAACUUCCACGAGGGUAUCUUGCAAAAAGGAGACGGCUCAAAUAUUUAUUUGAAGCAUAAGCCAAGAGUUAUUCUCACCACGAUGGGAGACGGUCAUCAGAGGCCGUUGGAUUGUUACGAUUGCGACGGGCAAGCUUCCAAGCAGCGUCUCUUAGCGCCCGUUGCUCUUGCUACAGCAGCAGACGGCUCCAUCUUUGUCGGUGAUUUCAAUCUAGUCAGGAAAAUUCUCGUCGAUGGAACAGUCAGAACUGUAGUCAGACUAAACGCAACUAGGGUAUCAUAUCGUUAUCACAUCGCUCUGAGCCCGCUGGACGGCGUUCUCUACAUAUCAGAUCCAGAAUCUCACCAGAUCAUUCGCGUACGCGACACCAACGAUUAUACGGAUCCCGAUCAUAAUUGGGAGACUGUAGUAGGUUCUGGGGAACGUUGUCUUCCCGGCGACGAAGCUCACUGCGGCGAUGGUGCGCUCGCACGAGAUGCUAAACUCGCUUAUCCCAAGGGCGUUGCCGUCUCCGCCGAUAAUGUCUUGUACUUUGCCGAUGGUACGAAUAUACGAAUGGUCGACCGAGACGGUAUCAUCACUACGGUGAUCGGCAAUCAUAUGCACAAGUCGCACUGGAAACCUAUACCUUGUGAAGGAACAUUGAAUGUCGAAGAGGUUCAUUUACGCUGGCCGACUGAAUUGGCGAUCAAUCCCCUAGACAAUUCGUUGCACAUGAUCGAUGAUCACAUGGUUCUUCAGCUGGCACCGGACGGUCGCGUCAAGGUCGUCGCUGGUCGCCCGCUCCAUUGCGCCUCUCCAUCAGCCUCGUUUGACACAGAACUCGCGACUCACGCUACUCUCGUGAUGCCGCAGAGCAUCGCAUUUGGUCCAUCAGGCGAUCUUUACAUCGCCGAGAGCGAUUCUCAGAGAAUAAAUCGCGUUCGCGUAAUCGGUACCGACGGCAAAAUAUCGCCAUACGCCGGUGCUGAAUCCAAGUGCAAUUGCCUUGAGCGUGGUUGCGAUUGCUUCGAGGCCGAUCACUAUCUAGCGUCCACAUCCAAGUUUAAUACUAUAUCUGCCGUGGCAGUUUCACCUGAUGGCGUAGUGCACAUCGGCGACCAAGCCAACUAUCGUAUUCGCUCGGUGACGGCGAGCAUUCCUGACGCAAGCGGCGCGCGAGAAUACGAAAUCUACGCACCCGAUACACAAGAAAUCUAUGUAUUCAAUCGGUUUGGUCAGCACAUUGCCACGAAAAACAUUCUGACAGGCGAGACAGUAUAUCUUUUCACAUAUAAUGUCAAUACCAGCAAUGGCAAGCUCAGCACUGUGACAGACGCAGCUGGUAAUAAAGUCUUUUUGUUGAGAGACUACAGCAGUCAAGUGAACUCAAUCGAGAAUACAAAGGGACAAAAAUGUAGACUAAGAAUGUCCAGGAUGAAGAUGCUACACGAGCUGAGCACACCCGACAAUUACAACGUUACUUUCGAUUAUCACGGGCCCACCGGCCUGCUAAAGACGAAGCUUGAUAGUACCGGCCGUAGCUACGUUUACAAUUAUGAUGAAUUUGGCAGGCUGACUAGUGCAGUGACACCAACCGGCAAGGUGAUCAGCUUGACAUUUGAUCUUAGUCUGAAGGGUGCCAUAGUCAAAGUUGGACAGAACAAUAGGAAGCCCAUUUCGAUGCUGAUCAAAGGAUCAUCCGUUGUCACGAAGGUUGGAGAAGCUGAGCAGAGGACAACGGUUCUCGCCGAUGGCUCAGUUGGAAGAGUAACACCAUGGGCUCACACCGUCAGUACUGAUAGUAUGCCAUACUCGAUCCUGGCUGAGAUCGAGCCUCUGUUAGGCGAAAGCUAUCCCGUGCCGGCUAAACAGAGGACAGAGAUCGCUGGUGAUCUGGCUAAUCGCUUCGAAUGGCGAUACUUCCUCCGAAAGAUUCAAGGAAAUAAGAAUCGCGGGAACUCGAAAGCGAUUGCUCAAGUUGGCAGGAAGCUUCGAGUCAAUGGCGAGAUCCUGCUGUCUCUCGAAUACGACAGAGAAACAAAUACCGUAGCUGUGUUUAUGGAUGAUCGGGUGGAACUGUUGAAUGUCACAUACGACAGAACCGCUAGACCUGUUAAAUGGGGACCGAGGAACGGUAUCUUUGCCGGCGUUGAACUGGAAUACGAUCGAUUCAGCAGACUGACUAGCUGGACAUGGGGUGACAUUAGCGAAACAUAUGGCUUUGACAGAGCGGGUCGAUUGUACGAGAUCAAAUACAGCGAUGGUACAUCGAUGGUGUACGCCUUCAAAGACAUGUUUAGCAGUUUGCCACUGAAAGUCACUACGCCGCGUGGAAGCGAUUAUCUUCUCCAAUACGACGAGGCAGGAGCAUUGCAGUCGCUGACUACACCGAGGGGACACAUCCAUACAUUCUCUCUUCAAACGUCUCUCGGGUUCUACAAAUAUCAAUAUUACUCGCCGAUGAAUAGACAUCCAUAUGAGAUUCUAUACAAUGAUGACGGUCAAAUUCUUGCUAAAGUAUAUCCUCAUCAAAGCGGAAAAGUCGCUUACGUCUAUGAUCACGCUGGAAAACUCGAAACCACGCUUGCCGGAUUGUCCUCAAUACAUUACACCUAUCAAGAAACGACCAGUCUAGUGCGCAGCAUCGACAUCAAUGAACCAAACUUCGAAAUGCGUAUCGAAUACAAAUAUCACGCCGGCAUCGUGAAGGACGAAAAGAUCAAGUUCGGUAGCAAGAGCGGUAUGGAUAAUGCUCAUUAUCGUUAUCAAUACGAUGGAAACGCGCGCAUAUCCGGCAUCGAGGUCGAUAUCAACGGCAAACAGCUGCCUCAGCUACGUCUCAAAUACAACCAGAAUCUUGGUGUACUGGAAGGCGUCGGUGAUCUCAGGAUAUACAGAAAUGUCUUCAACCGAUCAGUUAUGCAGGACAGCAGCAAACAGUUCUUCACAGUCACGGACUACGACGAACACGGUCGCGUCAAAACGGUGCUGAUGAACAUCCGAUCAUUCGACGUAUUCCGUAUGGAGCUUGAGUACGACAAUCGCAAUCGCAUUAAGAUGAGGAAGCUCACGAUCGGAAAGGAGUCAAUGGAGAAGAAGGAAUGGUCCAGAAUGGAGAAGAUCACAUAUAAUGCAGACGGUCAUGUGCUCGAAGUAGCGGACACCGAGAAUAAUUGGCAAUACGCGUACGAUGAAAACGGUAACGUGAUCGGUGUGACUGAGCAUAAUGAGAAGAUCGUUUUGGGCUACGAUAGUGGCGAUCGAGUAGUCCAGUAUGGUGACGUCGAGUUCAACUCAUACGAUGGACGUGGCUUCGUCGUGAUUCGUGGCGAACACAAAUACAGAUACAACUCGCGCGGUCAGCUUAUUCAUGCAUCAGAGCAUAAGAAAUUCCAAAUUUGGUACUUCUAUGACGAUCGCGGCCGAUUGGUAUCGAUGAACGAUGAUCGAGAAAACAUCACUCAGUUUUUCUACGCGAAUCCGAAAACUCCGGAUCUAAUAACGCAUGUGCAUUUCCCGAAGUUGUCCAAGACAUUCCGGUUCCUCUAUGAUUCGCGCGACUUUUUGAUGACUGUGGAGACUUCCGAGCAACGGUUCUACGUCGCAACGGAUCAAAACGGUUCACCUCUCGCUCUUUUCGAUACCAAUGGCAAUCUCAUCAAAGAGAUGCAACGCACGCCAUUUGGCAAGAUCAUCAAGGAUACGAAUCCAGACUUUUACUUGCCCAUCGAUUUCCAUGGUGGUCUCUUCGAUCCUAAUACCAAGUUGAUUUAUUUGAACAAGAGGCUCUACGAUCCGACCGUCGGUCAAUGGAUGACGCCUGCUUGGGAGCAAAUGGCCAACGAACUCACCACACCGACCGACAUAUUCAUCUAUCGCUUCCGCAACAACGAUCCCGUCAAUUUUAAGCAAAAUGUCGAGUAUAUGACGGAUCUAGCGAGUUGGCUGAAACUUUACGGUUAUGACAUUUCAACAAUGCUCGGUUCUGAAUAUACAAAGCAGAUGGUGUAUCAACCAAGCGCUACCGUCACAUCGCCGCAAUUGACUCCGGACUUUGGCGUGAUGUCUGGUCUGCAAUGCAUCGUAAAUCGCGUGCAGGAGAAGUUCUCCGACCUUGGUUUUGUGCCCAAGCCAUUGUUGAAACUGGAGCCGAAGACGCGAAACUUGUUGCCGCGAGUAGCCCACCGUCGGGCGGUCUUCGGCGAGGGUAUUUUGGUGUCGCGCGUCGGCGGUCGGGCUUUAGUAAGCGUAGUGGAUGGAGUGAAUAGUGUGGUGCAGGACGUGGUCACGUCCGUAUUCAACAAUUCGUAUUUCCUGCCGCUACACUUUAGUGUGCACGACCAGGAUGUCUUUUAUUUCGUCAAGGAUAACGCGCUAAAAAUCCGCGACGACAUGGAGGAACUUCAUCGUCUCGGCGGCAUGUUUAACGUGUCCACGCACGAGACGACGGAGCAUGGUGCCGGCACGUGGAAAGAGUUGAGACUGCACAAUCCUGACGCGGCAGUGGUGAUCAAGUACGGAGCCGAUCCGGAGCAGGAGCGGCAUCGGAUUUUGAAACACGCACACAAGCGUGCCGUCGAACGCGCAUGGGAGAUUGAGAAGCAAUUAGUGAUGGCAGGUUUCCAGGGUCGGGGAGACUGGUCUAAGGAGGAGAAGGACGAACUCAUUAGUCGCGGCACUGUCGACGGCUACGAGGGCGUCGAUAUCCACAGCGUGCACAGGUACCCUCAGCUCGCUGAUGACCCUGGUAACGUUGCGUUCACCCGCGACACCAAGAGGAAGAGACGGAAGAGCGGCAACAGGCGCAACAGGACUCAUAGGCAUGACUCGUGAUUCGAGGACGCCACGACGCGAGUUCAAAGUAUCGCUUGGGACUUGAUUCGCGCGUGAAGCGAAGGGACGGAAGAGAAAGAGAAAGAGCCAGUGCAUCUCGGAGGAAACGGUAGGACGGUUUUGUCGCCGUAAUGUGAUUUGCGUAAAUCGCAAUUUGUGCGAGCGGCCAGCAUCGUCGCUCCCUUCUCUCCUCGAUUCUCCUCUCAGCCUCUUUCUCUCUCUCGUACUCGUCGUCGAGAGGGACGCGAAGAUCUAUCACAAGCGACGACGAACGAUAUAUCUCGUGUCCAGUAAUGCAGUCUGUCGAUGUGCCAUAAGCGCGUCUGUAUGCAAUCGCGAACGAUCUUAAAUUCUGGAUCAAUUGAUGUGUGUAAAGACAACGGGUGUGAGAACAGAUGGCGAAGUGUCAAAAUUAACCUAGUCGCAUUAUUAACGAAAUGAAGAAUAUAAAGCUUUGUUAUAUGGUGAGUAGUUUAUAGAGAAAAAAAAAAGAGAGAAAGGGACAGACGAGAGAGAGAGAAAGAGAAAAGGAGAUGGCUAAUAUAGACGCAUAUAGAAAUGCAAGAAUAAAAGUGCGUGCGUAGACUUUUAAGGUGCCGUCCGCGACGAAAUUGAUAGUGUUUUUUGCGAAAAAGAGAGUGAGAGGAAAAUGUACGUGUCUUGGACUUUCGUCAUAGAUCAUUGCUAAAAAUCGAGCUGGUGUUAAUUCACGCAACAGGGUCUACAAGACACGCGUAUAUACGCACGCACACACGAGAUAGGAGCGUGAGACGAGAUCAGUGCAUCAAAGUUAGAAGAUGCGAGGCGAGAGAGAAGAUAAUUUUCAAUAUGAAAGAAAUUUGGAAGUUUUUGCGGGGUAAGAGAACGUUAAUUCUCUCUAUUUAAAAUGUUCUCACCUCGCAUCUCUAGUCGGGACACAUUCAUCCGAGAAUGGACAAUUGAGAGUGAGAGAGAGAAAGAGGAAGAGAGAAAGAAAAGGGAGAUAGAGAGAAAGAGACAAACGUGGGGAAUAGAUAUAUGCAACAGAUAUUUUUAACAUGGCGCAAAUUGGUGUACUAGGUGCGAGACGAGCAAUUGUAUAUAUAGCUACACUCGAACUUAAUAGUAAAUGUAGAUAAAGUAUCGUAAUGUGUAAAAGAAAUACGCGCGAGAACGGUCAUAAACACAAGUGGAACUGUCGAUACCGCUUUUUUAUAUGUAUACAAAGAAUACACAUGAGUCAACACGUGCAUAAAGAUAUGAUAGAAAUUUACGUCCCCAAAAUAUACGCGAGCGAGAGAAGUAAUAUGGGGAAAGUCGUGAAAUUAUCGGACGCGUCGCGAUUCUUUUUUUGUUUUGAUAAAAAUGUGGAAAACGUAGGAAAUUUUGUUAGGAGAGAACAACGUCAAACGGAUGGUUCACGUUAAUCUCAACCCAGGCCUACGCACACAAUUGACACACCUACAUACACACAUACAUAGAUGUAACUACACUAUCGCUUUAAAUCAGCAUACGUAUCGUACGAUCGACAAUGUCGUCUCAUCAAUUUCGCCGGCACGUACAAAUGCAUAAUUGGAGCCAAGUGUAAAUGCGGCAUCUAGAAUCGAAAUCAAGUCAAGUCUAAGAGCCAUAGAGUUUAUUUUAGAGAGAUGAAAUAUAAUUUCAUACUUAAAAUAACGUAAGUUCAAAUGGAGUCUUCGAGACGUUAGAUAAAUGGAACAACACCUUGAUUUUUCAAGAAUAAAAUUAAUAAUCAAUGUGAAUUAAAGUAUUAAAGUAUUAAACUAUAUAUGUAGGCAUUAGAAAAAAUGAUUAAGAAAAUGAUAGUUAUUAAUUUUAUCGCAAAUCUGUCGCACUGUCCCCAUUUAUCCGCUCAAUUGUCUCAUAUGAGCAUAAACUUUAUAGAUUUUAAACUUGACGAAUAUUUCGAUGGAAAAAGAUAUGGAAAAAGAGGGUGCCUGAGGUAUAAGCGAAUCUAUCGAUUCGUCGUAGACAACGUAGACACUUGUAAAUAGGCAUCACAUAAACAAGUAAGAACUACUAUUGUUACGUAACAUCCUCGCGUAACAGACGUUACGAGACGAACGACAGUCAUGAUGGGAUGUGUCGAAGUAAUAAUGUCCAGAAUAAUAAUAAUAAUGAUAAUAUGAUAACGCGAUAAGUAAUAAAAAUAAUAAUAAAUAUAGAGUAAUAAUAUUAAUAAUAAUAAUAAUUAAAUAAUAAUAAUAAUAAUAAUGGAAUACGAUAAUAUUACCAUUGUGUACGAGAAAUGCCCCGCCUAUCUUUCUACUAAAAAUGAAAAAUUAUUUUUUGAAUUGUGUCGUCGAGAGAAGAGUCCUAUGUAACCGUAUAUAUGUGGGAUCGCCCUAUGAAGAGACCCUCACCCCGCGCUCCACCGAAGAGAGUACCCGGCAAAAAAUAGGAUUUAGCAAGAAUCGAUGCAGAGAUUUAUUUUAAGUUUUAAAUUUCAUCAAAUAGGGCAUCAGAGAUUUGCGAUGAUUAAAUUCUCUUUUAUAAUUUUUUCUCAUUUAUAUAAAAUUAUUUUUAUUUUCAUCAGAAAUAAUCAAAAAAUUUUCAAUAACUAAAAAUAAAUUAGUCAAAAUUAAAUUCGACAUCAGCAUUUAAUUUACUUUAAUUCCGCAAAAAUUUUUAAACUUAAUUUCGAUCUCAAAGAUCAGAUAUUUAAUUCACUAAAUUGAAUUAAAUUGAAUUUCUCUCUCUCUCUCUCUCUCUCUCUCUCUCUCUCUCUCUCUCGGGAUUCUUUUAAUUCGUCUAUUUUUUCAGGGUACAACCUUGACCUCUCCUUUCUAUAACUGAUAUAGCUGAAUUUGUCGGUGUUUAUCAAUAUUGGGUAAAUAAGAAAAAAAGGUAGAUCGAAGUCUGUGGUUCGGGUCGAAUAAAGUAACCGACUAAAUAGAAAGUAAAGACACAAAAAAAAAACAAAUAUAAUGCAUAAUAUAUAGGGGGUACACGGUGAGCCAACGUGUGAGCCCACGCAGCUCUACCACGUUGUGUUCUACGUAGGCGAUAUAUAAUAAAAAAAAAAGAUACAUAAUCAUAACUGCAAACGUACGUAUUAGUUGACGAAUUAACGUGAGGUUUAGCGAACGGUUAAGGGAAUAUGCUAGUGAAUCUUACAGAUAACAUCGCUGUACAUAUCUGUUGUGUAUAGCCUACUGUCUCGCGAAAGUAGUCUUCACAUCCUCGCAUAGAAAAAAAUUUCCACCAAAGAAUUUUAGCGGCGAGAUAACAUUGAUUUUGUAAUAUUUAAAUCAAGUCCCGUAACUGUCAUAUCUCUAAAAUCUUCUACAUCAUUUUUUGAAUCAGAUGUUUGUAAAAAAAAAAAAAAUUAAUUGAAAAAGAGAAAGAAAUUGAUGGAAUUCGUAUAUGUAUUUUACGUUGUAACAUAUUUUUUAUAAUUGUAAAAUAACAUGUCGCUAAAAUUCUUAUGCUCUUCGUUAAAUAUUCCGUCUAAAGAAAGAUUUUUUUCGUUAAUCGCUUUUUUUCGGAGGGAAGCCCGAGGUUGGACGAGGCAUAUCGGUCUGUGAUUGAUCUCGUAUCGUGCGAUGUAGCGGCUAAAUUUUAUUCUUUUUUAUAUAAGUAAAACAAGCAAUAGAUCGAAAACUUAAUACCUUAACGCGAAAAAUUGCUCAGUCAUCGAAACCUCGGGCUCGAUUUUCUAGUAAAAUUAUUUCUUCAUAUUAUUGUAAUCUCCAGCGAAUAAUUUUCAUUUAUAAUUUCACAUAUUGAAAUGUAUACGUUAGAAUAAUAUUUAAAAAUAAAUUAUAAAAAUUAUCUCAAGAUUAAAAUGUAAUGGGGAAAAAUAUCGAGAUAACUUGGUAAAAAAUUAAAUUUUAUUCCAUUCGACGUGCAAACGAUCAGAGAACUAGACUACGACCGACUCAUUAAUAUUAUUUUAUGUAUAUAUUUUGCUGUGAAAAAUUAGACAAUUUAAAAAUCUCGCAUUAUUGAAGUAGACCAUCAUUCUUGUCAAGUUGUAAAACGGACGUGUGUGAUUAACAUUAAACUAAUCGAAUUUAAUAACGAGGCAAAAUUGCCUUUUCGGUGAUGUUUCCGAUUAUCGCCUCGGGUAACCCGCAUCCCCUCGAUUCUACGUUCUUAAUUAUCUCCUCGGCUCUCUGGGAGCAUGAGGGGAUAAAAUCUCUCCCCGUAGCAGCGCUUGUUACUGAAUUGUCUAUUAAUACGCCGUUAUCCGACACGCGCGCAUUAUUGUAUAGUUUGUAGUAGAAACGCUCCGCAUGUGCGGCAGCAUUUCGUCAACGCCUCGAACGAGAGUAAUCCAGGCGAACGAUUUUCCGUUGCAAACGUUUUUCUAUGUGUACUCGUCUACUCGCAAAACGAUACGUAAAAACGGGAGAGAGAAAAAGAAAAAAAAAACGAUACGACGUUAAAAAGUACUCGAGUUAACUUUACGCUUAGCGCAUGUUUCCUUCGAGCGCAAGAGAGCCGCGGGUGAAUUCCGCCUGCUAAUCUCUUUUUUUAUGUAAUUUUUAAUAUAGUCUCAUUAAGUGGCUUAACAAAAAUAUUUUUUAUGCAAGAUAAGAAUUGCAAUUUCUGCAAUUUCUUGAUCUGCCACAAAUGCAACUGUAAAACAAAAAAAAAAUCAUAAAAAUAUGAAAUUAAAACAUCAUUUUUAGAGAGAAUAAUUAUUUUAAUAUACAUAAUUUUAUGAGAGAUUUUAUAUCAAAAAUACAGAGUAUCCAUUAUAAUCUUAGUAUUCUUCGAUUUACAAUAUCUAAAUAAAUGCAAACCUAAAUGGUUUAAAAAUUGAAAAAAAAAAUAGGAGUACGGGAUUUUCGACGCGGCUCAUCGCAGGAAGGUGCAAAAUUUAUUAUUGUUAUGCCGGAUCGCGAUCGGCAUGCGCGAUCGAUACGCGAUUAAGAAAAAGCAAUACUUCGUAACUAUCGUGUAUGUCUCUGAAUGCUGUUAAAAGGCCGGCGAUAAAACGCGAGAGAGACGAUGAUAAAUAUGUCAAAAAGUGAAGAGAGUGUGAAAGGAAGGGUGUGUGAGAAACUAAAAAGCGAAAGAGAGACAUUAUAUAUACAUAGAUUAAUAUAUAUAUAUAUAUAUAUAUAUAUAUAUAUAUAUAUAUAUAUGCGAGAGUUGCGUUAACAGAUAGUUACUGCGAGGGGAAAGGAAGGAAGUCGUGCGCUUUUUUUUAUAUAUAUACUGGCGAGCCGAGACACAGUACGUACAUCUCUCGCGCUUCUUUCUCGUAAGCCAGAGAAAUUGCGGUGGUCGCGCGUGACCUUUCCUUUUGUACAUAUUGUAUAACAUACGACCGAAAAUGAUAUUAACGUCACGCGAUGACACAGGGCGCGCCUCUCGAGAUCUCUCCGCGAUCGAUAUCAUGGAGUUUUAUUCCAAAGCAAGCCUCUAAGUAAGCGAUAAACGCUAAACGUCUACGGUCACUGGAAAGUAACUAUGAAUUGUCAUGCACAAUUUUUAUCUUGAACGCAUAUCGUAUGUGUAUAUAAUUGCACAUCUCUAUAUACACAUACGUGAUUUGACACAUUACCAUAAAACACGCUAAUAUAAAAGAUCCAGAUAAAAAUGCUCUAUAUCAGAUGCGAACGUAUGUGUUAUAAGAAUUUUUAUCUUGGACUCUGUGACAUUUACAUUGUUCGCUUUGAUAUUUAUCGUAAAAUGUGGUAAACACAUGUGUCUCCGUUAUCGUUCGUGGAUGGAACAGAAAGAGAGCUGCCACGUAAGGAGAAAAGAAAAAAAAAAGUCACAAUCGUACGCGACAUUGAUGUUGUUAAUUAGGGCUACAAUUAUCUGUAGUGAUGGUAGUUUCGUAUACCUGUGCCCGCAAAUAAGGAAAGGAGAAUCGUGUCACCGUAGCGACCUUUAUACUUUCAUAUAAAGAGACGACGGUCAAUUUAUAUUAGAUGGAGAAAAGAAAAGUGACAAAAAGUAUAAAAAACUGAGACUCCUUCCUGGCAUUUACUCUCGACGUUUGGUGUGUCGGUGAGUGAUCACCGACACGGCCGAAAUACACGCUCGCCCGUUCGUCUAUAUUUUUCUUUUCGUUUUUCGUAAACUUGUACAUAUUAAUUGCGAUCAUUAUGUAAAUACUCUGAAUGAACACACACACGUACGUGCGCGUGCCCGCGCAAGGUUUAUUUUAAAAAGAUUUACAUCAUUAUAUAUAUAUAAAAAUAUAUUUACCAUGUAAUGAUAUAUUUAACAGUAAGGUAACAUAUAUUCUAUACUCUUACACGCUAAGUACUCAAUAAAUAUAUCUAUAAAAUCUC